CUUAGUCGUGCGCCAAGCCUUGCUCUGUGAACUUGAUAUAUGUGCGCUACAGGCGGUUGAGGAAGAGUUGUACGGAAAUCCCGUUUUAGUUGUCAUAUCUCUCUUAUUGCGGCGUUAAAUAAAUAUUCAUUAUUUAAUAUUAAAACAUUGCAAAACAACUGACGACGCAUUUAAUAAAAAUUGUGUAUUACAUAAAGCGUAUUGGAAAUAUGCUCAAGAUAAUUGGUUUCUGUGUGAUCUUUGGCUUAAGUGUAAAUUUGGCAAGUUCGCAAUUAUACUUUCCCAAUGAGGCAACCCAAGUAUCAAAUUAUGGACGCUGCAUUACACCAAACCGGGAGCGAGCUCUCUGCAUUCAUCUGGAGGAUUGCAAAUAUUUAUAUGGCAUAUUGACAACAUCUCCCCUGCGCAACGAGGACAAACUAUAUCUAAGUCGUAGCCAGUGUGGCUAUUAUAAUCGUAAGGUUCUGAUUUGCUGUCCGGAUCGCUAUCGGGACAGUUCGCCGGUGACAACUGCGCGACCUCCUGUAAAUAGCACGAAUACAAAUUUAUUACCCCAACCGGGUCAAUGCGGCAAUUUACUUUCGAAUCGCAUUUAUGGGGGUGUCAAGACCAAAAUCGACGAAUAUCCCUGGAUGGCACUGAUCGAGUACACCAAAGGUGGCGGCAACAAGGGUCAUCAUUGUGGUGGUUCACUCAUCAACAAUCGCUAUGUGGUGACCGCGUCGCAUUGUGUCAACGGUAAAUCCCUGCCAGCCGACUGGCGUCUGACAGGUGUGCGUCUGGGCGAAUGGGAUACCACAACAGAUCCCGACUGCGAGACCGAUAUACGUGGCAUGAAGGAUUGUGCGCCGCCGCAUUUGGAUGUGCCGGUUGAACGCACCAUACCACAUCCUUCGUACGAUCCGGGCUCCAAGAACCAGAUCAACGAUAUCGCCCUCUUGCGCUUGUCACGCCAAAUCGAGUACACCGACUUUGUGCGUCCCAUUUGCUUGCCGCUGGACACGAAUCUACGCUCAGCCGCAUUCGAUGGCAUUUCAAUGGAUGUCUCUGGCUGGGGCAAGACCGAGGAGCUCUCGGCGAGCAAUUUAAAGCUAAAGGCCGCCGUGGAUGGCGUCACGCUGGAGGAAUGUCAGUCCGUCUAUGGUCGCCAGGACAUUUUUCUGGAAGACACACAAAUGUGCGCCGGCGGCAUGGAGGGUGUGGAUUCCUGUCGUGGCGACUCUGGUGGCCCCCUCAUCGGCCAGAACACAAACAAAGUGAAUACAUACUAUUUCCUCGCGGGCGUCGUUUCAUUUGGACCCACGCCCUGUGGCCUUAACGGCUGGCCGGGUGUCUAUAGUCGUGUCGGGGCUUAUGUGGACUGGAUACAAACUUCGCUGAAGCCUUGAUAACAUUCAUUUAUUUUAUUCAUAUAUAUUUAAUUGCGAUUGAAGAUCAUGCGGCAAAUAAGAAAUAUAAAUAUUCGAAUUCGAAGCACAAGUCUGUCAACUAUACUUAUCAAAAAACAAUAAUCAUAUCCUUGCAAAUUGGUUCGAGUUUCUAGUGUUUGGAAAAGGGGCAAAAAUUAUAUUUGUUGGGCUUCAGGCAAGGGAAACAAAUCAUUUUCGUAUUCAGCCUACAAAUAUGCUUCAAAAUAGUAUACAAAGCUGCUCAACAUUCCAUUUUUCGAGGGAAUUUUUGAAGUGCUCCCUUACAAUAAUUAUGAUUAAAAUCCAACAAUUAACUUAAGUGUCUUUUUUUACAUUUAAUACAGGUUAAAUUACGCAAUAAAUAAUAUGUAAAAUUGUUAUAUUAAAAGUUAAAAUAGUUUCAGGUUCAACACAAUAUGAACCAAAAAGAAAUAUUUUAUAAAAAACUGUUUAUCGAUUUUGACCCUUA